AUGCGAACUCUUUCUUGGCCUAGUGAUUCUUUUGGUGUGCCUCCAGGUACUCCAGUCAUCAAUACUAUCGCUGAACACUCCAGCUUGAAAAUGCGAAAAAUUAAAGACAGACGCAAUGUAAGUGCCACGUUCAACGUUAACAACAACGCCAACACUUACAACGGAUAUAACAUUAACAACAACAACAACACCACUAGCAACAACAACAAUAACCACACUGAGCUGGACAACAUAUCCAUAGCUACGUUCCCAGACAACCAACUACUGUAUUGGCGUAGCUACUCGAGUAACUCAUCUACUACAACAACAGCUAACAACAACAACAACAACAACAGCGAUGACAGCAGCAGCAACAACAACAACAACAAAAAUAUUGCAAAUGGCGAUGGAAGAAAGCUUUUUCACGCCACGUAUAGCUUUCAUGAUUUCGGCAACAUCAACAAAAACAACAACCACGUCAACAACAACAGCAACAACAGCAACAACAACAACAAAUUUAUCCGUUCUAGUAGUCGCAAUUCUUUUAAAAAAUUCUUCUCGUCCAUUUCAACUCCUAUAGGAAAAAGAAAAAGCAAAAACAAGCACAGUUACACUCUAGAUUCAUCUGAAAGCAUCAACAACAACAACAACGAUGACGUCAUUAAAAAGGACGACAUCAAUAACAACAACAUCAACAACAACAUCAAUUAUGAAUAUCUCCUCAACAUUAAUACAGCAACUGAAGAAGCCUUAAUGACUCUGCCCGGUGUCAGCAGGCAAACAGCACAAAAUAUCGUCAAGUAUCGAAUAAUGAUGGGCGGAUUCAAGAACAUUCAGGAUAUCGCUCCAGUGUCUGGUGUGGGAGCGGAUAAUUUCAAAAACUUUCGCUGUGAGAUCACCUGCCACGAUCCAUUUCCGGACGUUGUGAUAGAUAACAACUUCAACAAAAUCAUCAACAACGACAACACCAACAACAACAACUUCAACAAAAUCAACAUCAGCAACAACAACAUCAAAAACACCACCGACAACAACAACAUUAUCUUGACAACUUAG